GCCGCACGUCCCGAUGUCAUACCGGCUUAUUUGAUCGGUGUAACGGUGUACAGCAGGCUGAGCGAUCCUCCGGACGAUAAUCAGCCAAGUGCAAACACAUGUUGUGUUAUCAAUUCGGAUUGAUAAUAAUAGCUCCCGGGUGGAGCGAGCGGGGAGCUUCCAGGACAUCCCAUAGGGGGGUUGGGCGUGAUCAGCACAGCCCUACUCCGCCGUCACGUCUUGGCUUGCUGGGACGAGUCAAGACUCAAGACUCAGGACUCAGGAGUCAGGACUUGGAAGAAAAGCCGCAGAAACUUACAGAACUAUCAGUCUGGCCGUACAUUAGCCGAUCUUGGCACUGUCCCAACGCCGGCCCUCGUAUCCCUGGAAGGGGAUUGGGAUCUGCGCCUUGCGAUCUUGGUAUGGCCUGACUAGGGAGGAAAUUAAUUCAUCUGGGGAGACUGGAGACUGGAGGUUAGGCCGCGAGCCGCGUUUCUGUCCGUCCGAAUUUUGGGCGAUGAUCCAUUGAUCCUUCACCUUCAUCUGGACUUCGGGAAACAGCCUCUGUUGCGAGGAUAUAAAGCAGGCCACCCUCGCACUGAGCUGCCAAUACAUCCUCCACAGUCAACCCGUGUUUCUAUCACUAGCAACUCAUUUAAUUUUAUAAUUAUCUCCUCCGCGGCUUACACUCUCCUCGUCUUCUUCCACCCUCGUCCCAACUUAAUUUCUCCAUCUACGCAUAAUUCACCAUGCUGUUCCGCGCAUCCCCCCUCUGUAUGGCAGCCAGCCUGAUCGGUGUGCCUCUCGCCGCGGCCCUGCCUACGAUCACCAACUCCGGUCUGACUCUGACCUCUCGCGACGACACGCAAUGCGAGGCAGGCACGGCCUUCUACGUCUGCAAGCUCAACAACUUCCGCGGCUGCUGCUCGGUCGACCCGUGCGCCCUGCAAGAUGGCUGCCCCGAUAAGACCGACGACGACUCCCAGCCUCCUCUCGGGUCUUGCCCGGAGAAGGGCGAGAAGACCAGGCUCUUCCAGCCUCAGAUGCAGACACUCAUUCUCCCCGACACGGACCACCCGAUCCCCGCAGAGAACUUUGACCUCAGUAAAUCGAAUACGACCGAACGCCAGCAGAUUGCCUCGUGGACGCUGCCCUCCGAGGCCAAGGACUGUUCCGUGGGAUGGAGCAUCCCCGAGGAACGAAACUUCUCGGCCGGACACACGGCGCGAGUGACGGUGUUCGAUAACGAGGACGACGAACGUUUGGGAUCGGCCGACUUUUCCUUCUGGCCGGAAACGCCGGGCCCGCGCUCCAACCUGGUGGCCGCCGUGGACUGCAAAGAGAACUUGUCGCUGCGGCUGGCGAUGGUCCUCAACGAUCAGGUCUUCCUGGAGCAAAACGAGGAGACGGGCUGGUGGGUGGAGUAUAGCUGCUAGGGGGAUGGAAGGAGCCAGGAAGAAGUGGGGGGAUCCUGAUGGAAAGAGUCUCCACUUAACGACUAAUGCGAUCAAUUUUCAAGGUGUCACUAAUAAUUAUCAUUAAUUCU